AUGAUCUCAUUAGAGCUCCCAUCAUCCUUGCAUUCGACUGAUUAUGAACAUACGUUGUCGCGCCUACAGCGGCUCGCCCUCCCAUCUCACUUGGAGUCAUCCCUGACUUCGCCUGCUUUGUUCUCCGCCACUCCGUGCUCCGGACUAUCCUCGCACAAAGUCCGCUACAGCCCUCCUUUCUCGCACUCGUAUUUCAAGCCAAACGACGCAUACGAGGACAACGCGCAGAUCAUCAUUGAUACCUUUGCACCGCGGCCUGUGCCACUGGACUUUUCACCCACGUCCUCAGCAAGCAGCGACCUAGAUUCUACCUCGUCCCAUUCAUCCGCUUCUAAAUCGUCCUUUGAAGCCUUUUUUGCUACCCGCUCUCGUGUGGUUCGAGCGUCAGAUCAUUCCCUCGGACCAAUUCCCAUUCCCACCACAAUGUGGGAGUUGCGGGAGGAAUAUAACGAUGCUCGCUCUGAUAGCGUUUGGGCGGUGUUUAGGACACACGAAGAGGCUUGCGCCGCACUCUCCCUUUGUGGACCUGCCAUGUCUGUCGCAACUGCCCUUGAGGGUGACCUUGAGCCCUUUCAUAAGCUAAAGGCGUUUGUUCUAAAGUCUAUCCCGCCAACUUCCUCUCCAUCAACUCUUUCCUCCCAUCCACCACUUGAUCAUUCCCGGUCACAAAUGCUGCGCACUUCGUCAUCCUAUCCGGACCUUUAUACUGGCCAUUCAUUUGAAGAUACUGUCGACUAUACUAUCUCCAGUAAUCCGCCCAAUCCAAAAACGAGCUUCAGACUUGGAGACUGGAUAUGCAACUCGCCGAAAUGUGCCGCCCAUAAUUUUGGACGCAACCUAUCAUGUAUUGGCUGCGGAUGUCCCAGGUCUGCAAAUAGCAAUUCUUCCGCCCAGCAGUUCGCGAAUCCCACCAACCCACGUGCCGCGCCAUCUCCGCGGUUUAACUCUCAACCCUCCAGCAACGUUACAUACUACUCUUCCUCUUUGCCACCUCAUCAACCCUCGCCACAGCCCUCGUACAUCAGCCAUCCUCAGCAGUCCCAUUCCCCAAGAUAUUCUGUUUCUCCCGUACAACCGCAUGCCUCGCAGCCACCCAAGUCUUCGCAUCCCCUUCUUACGCCUUCUGGCCGCGCAUUCGCCGUAGGCGGAAAGGUGCAGAACAUAUCAAGCGAUCCUUUAUCUCCCUGCAUCAUGUACUGGCCUGAUAACGAACCGUUCCCGGAGCAGGGGCAAAUUCGUCCUAGCGGUCUAGUUGGAGUUCCGCCUCCCAUCUUGAACACGGGGAACAGAGGGCCUAUUUCUCACGUAUGUCGUAUAGCAUGUCUUGCGCUUGUUAAACUCACAUCCUUUUUCAGCAACCUGGAGAUUGGAUCUGCCAAAAGUGUAACUAUCUCAACUGGAGGCGAAGGAAAGUUUGUCAGACCUGUCUUCCGUGUAGGUUUUUUAAACACCCUUGAGCCUCUCGCCACAUAUGCUGAUGGUUACUUCCCAGAUGCGGAAGGGAAUGGUGAUUCGAUUUCCGCUGCCGUUCAAGCUGAACGCAUAGCGCUUCUAACAUCAGUUCUUACUCAAACUCAACUGUCGUCUGGUGGGUUGGCCCCUCCCUCAUCUGCUCCACAUCAGCAGGCAGCAGGCUCGCAUUCCCCUCCUCAAGCGCGCCGCCAAUUUGCCGACCUAUCCCCCCCUCAAGCUCGACCUGUCCAUCGUUCUCAGUCUCACCUCCAGCUUGGAGCCCAGUAUAGUAAUACGAACGCAGCCCCAGCUUACAAUGCUCCAAGUCCCAUAUACCAGACGUCUGGCCAUCGCGAACGCCAGCCUUCUCCACUUUACACCACAGGGCCAGAGGUCACCUAUUCGUCUUCUUCUAUGGAUAUCCCAGCACCUUUGCUUCCGUCUUUCCUGCAGGAUAUUGUCCAGUCCCCGGCUCUAUCGCCUACCUCAACGACUACGUCAUCAGCAGACUUGUCCUCUAUCGAGGAGUUUGAGGAACCUCUACCACAACGCUCAAUGUUCCCGCGCGCUCGUGGUAGCAGCGGCGCCUCGGACAAUUCUCCCAUCUCCAAUAUCUGGAGGUUGGACGGCGAAGAGAGCAAGUCUUUGGCUACGUUCCCGCUUACUACGCGUCAGGACGUCAUUGGCACCCGAAAAGAUCCUAGGGAGAAACUCCAUGUUCGAGUGAUGUGAUUGCGGAUUGAUCAAUCUAUUUACAAUUUACUUCAAGGGUUAAUUUCACUCGCGUUUCGUAUGGACAAAUCAUCGGCCACCAAAAAUGGCCGACAUGAGGAUUCCGAAACGAGACAGCUGGAACAAGUAAGGUACUUGGCAUCAGAAACGUAUGGGACGAUCUCACUUUGUUCAUGACUUACAUCAUUCGUCUUUUUUUUCUCUCUCUUGGAAUUCUUUUUUGCAUUUCUACGUUACAGAUAUUGACGGCCGCUGAUAAUCUCGCAGUCUUGGAAUUCUUGCCCCGUUUUAUCAUCUCCUGGGAUUACUUACAUUAUUCGCGCUCUCUCCCCUCUUCGACCUUCUUA